AUGUCAUCUGUAACUCGACUCCAUCUGUUAAGUCAGAGCAUGUUGAAUGUCAGUUGCCAGAAGCAGAAACCGUGCAACUCACUUCCCGCUGACUCUCUCACAGAGAGCCCCAUGGAGUUUGUGGGACAACCAAGUUCUUCUGGGGCCUGUAACUUCCUGGCAUUGCCAGGCCUCAGCUCUUUGGACCUGGAUGAUGAUGAUGGUGAAGAGAUAGUGAUCGGCAUCAGACCUAAAUCCUCUCCUCUCCCUCGCAGAAAGAGCUCUCUCACUGACGAUGACUCAGAGCCUGAGCCACCCCUGAGUGGCUCCAGAAGAGUGUCCUUUGCAGAUGCCAAAGGCCUCAAUUUGGUUCAAGUGAAGGAGUUUGACAAGUGGGACAUACCCAUGGUGCCUGGAUAUGAUUACCCUGAUGGCCGAAGUAGAGAUGAAGAAGAAUAUUUCAUAGUUCCUUUAAAUUUUUCCAUUCAGUUGUCUACUGAAGAGCUUUUUGCUAAAGUCCAUGAGCAGAAAAUGGAGUUGGAGACCAUUGAGUUACUUCCAGGGACCACAAUACUAAAAGGAAUGAUCCGUGUCCUAAACGUCUCCUUUUCUAAGGCUGUGUAUAUCCGAACCACUCUAGAUAACUGGGCUAGCCACUUUGACCUUUUGGCAGAAUACAUCCCAGGUUCCAGUGAUGGAAUGAUGGACUCUUUUUCAUUUAAGCUCACUUUAGUACCCCCGUUUGAGGAGCUUGGAACCAGAGUGGACUUUUGUCUGCGAUAUGAGACUUCUGUUGGGACAUUCUGGAGCAACAAUAACAAUAUGAACUAUGUGCUCUUAUGUCACCAAAGAAUAAAAGAGCAGAAUGAAAAGCUGCAGAAGGAAAUAGUGCACAAGAAAAGCUGCCUUAAGACUGUCAGUCAGAACCUCGACACUGUUGAAAACAUACCCUCUCCGGAAACGUCACAACAGGAAAAUGUGCCAACAGAUGUGUCGAAACAUGGCGCGGGUGUGAACACUGUAAAAAACAACCAAACCGAUGAUAGUCCGAAAGACACUAAAGAAGAAAAUAGACAGAAACUACAGGCUGAGAACAGACAGAACCACAGCCGAAGAAAUCGCAGAAAGGCUGCACGGAUGGCUCGACUGAGGAACUACUAUGCUCAAAGAGACAUAACAGCAAAUGACAGUGAAAGUGAUGCAUCACUUUCACAAACAACACAAACUGUGGAAAAAGAAAGCCCAGUGGAGAAACACUCACUUUCUGAAGUGAACAUCAAAUCAGAAGACUCUCUGUCUGUUUCUGAGUCAUGUCUGGCAACAUGCAGCAAAUCUACUCUUGAUGUCCAGCAUGAUACCUCAAAGGCAAAUGACUAUGCAUCUAACAACGAGGCAGAGAAAUCUGAAAACAUCAAUGUGGCUGACUCAGCCACAUUAACAGGAGCGAUGAGUGAUAGCCAUGAUAACCCAGUGCCUUCAAAUGACGAGCCUGCUGUUGCAGAGCAUGCACAUCAACAUAUCAACAAGUCUGUCUCCAAAGUUGAGCAGAGAAGCCAAAAGAAUGGCAUGAGUUAUGAGUGUGCAAACCCUCCAGGUGAACCCCAUGACAGCCUUGUUAGCCAGACCAACAGCUAUUCAUUUGGAACUGUGGUGGCUCCACUUUAUCAUCAGGUUUUUGUCAGAGUGGAAAGUGAAAGUCGGAGCUUAGGUGACAUAAGAAAUCCAGUUUGGGCUACACUGACUAAUCCUCACACGGAGAGGGGAGAGAGUUGCUCCACUCAGAGUUACCAGGACAACAUUCAGAGAAAUCAGUUUCAAACUCAGGAAAUAAACCAAGAAUGUGCAGAUUCCACUUUAUGUAAUGAUCCUUACACUGAAGAAAAAGAAGGUAUAAAUGUGAUAAUAUCUGACAGUGGGGACAGUAUAGAAACCAAACAGGAUCAGGUAGAGAUUAGAAAUUCUGAGGGAAAAUUCAUAAACAGUCGUUGUCCAAUAAAACCUAAUAUAGCACUGAAUCCUCCAUCUGAAAAUAUUAUAAACUCUGAUUUCUUGAAUGCACCACAGAGUUUAAGUCACGAGGGGGAAACACAGGAAGACAAUCUAACCCAUGACCUCCAAGAGAAAACCGCAACAGCACAGGCUCAGCUGCCAGAAAAUUCAUGUUCACAUACCUGUGAAAUGAAUAAGGAUGAAACACUUUCACACCCCGAGACAGAAGUUAGCAUGUCCAGUCUGGAAAACUCAUUUUUGUCUUUUCAAACAGUGUCAGUAAGUUUGACAGACCAACAGACCAGCACUAGUGUAGCUCAGUCGUGCGAAGAGCAUGAUUUUGGUGAAAAUGCAUCUAUAUCAACGAGCCAUGCAUCCUCAGAUGAAGACAAAAUAUCGGAAGCGUUACAUGAUGAUUCAGCUACAAAAGGAAAUGAAAAAAGCUCUGUGUCUUGUUUAGAAACUGCGAAGCAAAUGGAUGUCACAAGAACUGAAAGUUCUCUAGAAACUCAGAAAGAAAGUAAUGACUCUAUAGAAGUGAUGAACAACUCCAAUGAAGAAGAAGCAAAACAGUCGGCUAAAAUUGAAGUUGUUGGUGUGAAAGCUGAAUUAGUGACAAAAGCAGCAGCGAGUAACUGUCACAUACUCAGUGACAUGUUUGUGAAGCUUGAGGAUAAAGACACAUUAAAAGAUACAGAAAUUAUUUUCCCAGAAAAAGUAGAGCAUGAUGAAAUGGAAGCUGCAGUCUCAAAGGAGGAUUCCAAUUUAGACACUACUGAGGUAAAAAACUGGGAAAUCAUGGUUGAGGAAGAGGAGAGAGACUUGUUGACAGGUGAAGAUGAGAGCGAGGCAUUGAUUUUAGAAACAGAAGAUGUGCACGUAGUGGAUGAUGACCAGGCUGAGGUGGUGGAGAAGCAGCUGGAGGGUUCGGGGUUAGAAAUACCAUCUGAGCACAGGGAGGACAAAACAGAAAUUUUGGUGGAGAAUGAGGUGGAGAACAAAGCUGGAGAUGUUGAAGAAGAAUUAAAGGAGAUUUUAAAAGAAUUAGUUGAAAUGACUAUAGGAAGAAUAGAGGAGGAUCAAGAAAAACACCUUGCACAGCCACAGGAGUCCGAUAUUCAAGGAAAAGAUACCAGAGAAGGAGGGAAAAUGGGGGUUGAGGAGGAAAUAAACAUGACGGAAAAAGAUGAAACUGGUGCAAAGUUGGGGGAUCAGUUAAAAUCAGAGGAGAACCCAGGUGAAGAAGAGGAGAAAAUGUUGGUUUUUGAUGCAGAGGAGGUAGAGAUUUUAGAGUCUGGGGGUAUAGAGAUAGAGCACAAGGGAGAUGAAGAGAGGUUAGACAAUACACAAAUCAAGGUUAGGGAUAAUUUAUCUGCUCUGGUUGAGCAGUUGAAAGUUGAAAUGACUAUAAGAAGAAUAGAGGAAGAUCAAGAAAAACACCUUGCACAGCCACAGGAGGCUGAUAUUCAAGUGAAAGAUACCAGAGAUGGAGGGAAAAUGGGGAUUGAGGAGGAAAUAAACAUGACGGAAAAAGAUGAAUCUGGUGUGAAGUUGGGGGAUCAGUUAAAAUCAGAGGAGAACCCAGGUGAAGAAGAGGAGAAAAUGUUGUUUUUUGAUGCAGGGGAGGUAGAGAUUAAAGAGUCUGGGGGUAUAGAGAUAGAGCACAAGGGAGAUGAAGAGAAGUUAGAUAAUACACAACACAAGGUUAGGGAUAAUUUAUCUGCUCUGGUGAACAAUAUGCAUGAGGAUACCGAUGGCAGAGCUAUUGACAGAGAAGAUACAGGGGAAGGGCAAACUGCACAUACACCACCUGAAAUGAAUCUAUGCAAAGAGGAGAAUUUUCAUAGCAAUGAAAAUAUUACACAUGACCCAUCCGAAGCUGUGAGACAUGAGGAUGAGUGUACUUAUGCAGAGGGAGGUUCGUGUCUUCUAACAGAUGAACCUGAAACUGACAAAACAAGCGACGACAGCACUUCAUCAGAGUCCGGAUCAGACGACGAGGUGGAACUGUACAUGCACUGUCUGAGGGCUGUCCACGGGCAGAACAGCUUCGCACAGACCGCCAGAGACCAGAACAAAGAUAAAGAGUUCAGUGUUGGCAAGAGACUUUCUGGAAGCAGAAGCAAACCACUGUCCACAUCCCUGCCAUCCAUCAGCGAGUCUCUGGAUGAGGAACAACACCUCAGCCAACUUCAGGACAGUCAUGAAGAUACGGAGACAGCAGAUUUCCAACCCACUGCUGCAGCUCUGUCAGCGUCAAGUGGAGAGGAAAACAUCAACAGAAACACUUCGUGGUGGAAAGAGACUUUCUCUUGCAGCAAUAUCUCAAAAACAUUGCUAUACGCCACCUUAGCACUUUUCAAGGACAAAAUGACAAAGCUGAUGAGGAAGAACGCUCACCUCAGAAAGCAGCAGAUGCUGCAGACUCAGCUGGAUCAUGCACUGAUCAACUCUGAAAGAAACGCUUUGAGUCUGCAUAAGAAGAAGGUGCAAAUGAGUCGUAAACAGCGGCAGGAGAAACUGACCACAUCUGCAUAUGUGAGGUCUACUGAGGAGAUGAGUGAGGAGGAGGAUGAGGAAGAGCAAAACAUGGAGAAGGACACACACAGAAGUAUUGAGUAUUAA